UUCCCUCCCCCGCAACGCGGCAGUCUUUUUCUUGUCUCUCCUGAGCUCCAUCGCGCCCGACUCUCUAACUCUCUGCCGGGAUCUGCUCGUCCCCGCCGAUCUCCGUCCCUCCCGCUGAUCUUCGUAUAUCUCCUCAACCCCCUCCGCAUAUCUCCUCCCCUCUCCGCUGCUGUCCACCACUCUCCGCCGAUCUCGACCCUUCUUCUCCGAGCCGGCCCUCUCCUCGUCCUCCGAUCUCCGCCUUCAAAGGUCACUCCGCCGAUUGGCCUACGAUCUGCGCGAUCAAAGGUCAAGCCGAUCGGCCUCUGAUCUUUGCCAUCGCAGCCAUAAUCGACAGCCGGAGCUUCCUUUUUCCGUGAUCCACGAUCUGAUCAGCCUCUCCCACUGUUCAAUCGGCCAUUGACCGGCCUUUACGGUGCUCCGAUCAAUCCAUUUCAUCUAUCAGAUCUCAGAUGAAACCGGGGAAUCAACAAUUGGAGUAGAGGAAGGGCAUCAACAACAUUUCAGUCUUUUUAAAGAGUAGUAGUUAGUUAGUCAAGUGCUAUGGUAGGAUACCGCUAUUAAUUUUUAUGGAGAAUCAAAUUUUAAGUUGGACUGACAUCAGGAAAUUGUCCAUAAGCACUAUUUAUUUUUUGUUUUGUUGCAUCUCUUUAUACUUUAUUUUUACUUUAGGUUGUGGAAGCUGAAGAUUGGAUUCCUGGUGGCUUAUUGUUGACCGAGUCUACCACAGAAAAAUCUUCAAUUCUGAUGAGGCAUUGGUGUUGAUAUGGAAGCUGCACUUUGGAGAUUUAUAGGAUAAGCAGAAAGGAAGCAAAGAAAAAUAACAAAUAUGGCACAUUCCAGCAAGGCAGAUAAGAAGGCAGGAUUAGAUGCUGGUGCAUGGUUGUUCAAUGUUGUGACUUCUGUCGGAAUCAUAAUGGUGAACAAGGCCCUAAUGGUUACAUAUGGCUUCAGUUUUGCUACAACAUUAACUGGACUGCAUUUUGCCACCACGACUGUCAUGACCGUUGUACUUAGGUGGCUAGGAUAUAUUCAGGCCUCCCAUUUACCAUUACCUGAACUUAUAAAGUUUGUUCUCUUUGCAAACUUAUCAAUCGUAGGGAUGAAUGUGAGCUUGAUGUGGAAUUCUGUGGGGUUUUAUCAGAUUGCAAAGCUGUGUAUGAUCCCUGUAUCAUGUCUUUUAGAAGUUCUAUUGGAUAAGAUCCGUUACUCCAGAGACACAAAGCUCAGCAUAGUAGUGGUUCUCAUAGGUGUUGCAGUCUGUACUGUUACUGAUGUGAGUGUAAAUACUAGAGGUCUGAUAGCUGCCAUGAUAGCAGUCUGGAGCACUUCUUUGCAGCAAUAUUAUGUUCAUUUUCUUCAACGGAACUACUCACUUGGAUCAUUCAACCUCUUGGGCCAUACUGCUCCAGCCCAGGCAGCAGCACUGCUGAUACUAGGGCCUUUCCUGGAUUAUUGGUUGACAAACAAAAGAGUGGAUGCAUUUGACUAUAAUGUUUCUGCAGUGUUUUUCAUCAUUUUGUCAUGCACCAUUGCGGUAGGAACCAACCUUAGCCAAUUCAUCUGCAUCGGAAGAUUCACAGCAGUGUCCUUCCAAGUACUUGGUCACAUGAAGACCAUCCUUGUCUUAGUUCUGGGUUUCAUCUUCUUCGGAAAAGAGGGCCUUAAUCUUCAUGUAGUUCUUGGUAUGAUCCUAGCGGUGGUAGGUAUGAUCUGGUAUGGAAGUGCAUCAUCAAAGCCAGGGGGAAAGGAGCGCAGGAGUUAUUCCAUGCCAACUGACAAAUCCCAGAAGCAUGGGGUGGUGUUGUCAGAUUCAGGAGAGCUUGAUGACAAGGUGUGAAGUGGAGAUAUUUUCAGUUCUCUUUCUCAUUUGCCCACAUAUUGAGCAUUGAACUGACAAAGCAUUGAUAGGGCACAGACUGCCCGGUAAUCUUUAAAAAGGUCAGAAACAUUUUUCUUUUAUUUUUAUUAUAAUUUUUUUUUGAGAUUUCUUCAGGAAAUGCCAACAGUGGCAGUUUAGAUUUUCCUAUAUAGGUUCUCUUUGCUGACGUCUAUAGUAAUUUAUUUACUUCAACAUCAUCCCAUUUUACAAACAAAAUUGAAGUAUGUAAUUCUCGUUUGGUAAAGGCUUCUUGUGCUUGUCAUAUUUAUUGUGACUGGAUGGGCUCAAUAAAUUUGACAGCAUACAGAAUUGUUUGAUUAUGAUCA